AUGGCCGACCAUUUAAUCAAAGUACAAACGUUUCAAGAUUUGAAGCAUGCUGAAGAUCAAUUGAAACAUAUACCGUUGAAGAAAAUUGCUCGGAUCGCACUGAAUAGUCUUCGUCGACAAGAGAGUGAUGUAGAUGUUUACGAGUUUUUGUUUGCAAAGGUUCUUUACAUGUUUGAUCCUAAUGAAUUUGAAACGGAAAUAGCACAGGUCCUUCUUCCGGAGCUGGGAAAACAUUUACACAAGAUUGCCGUUGAGCUGGAGGAUAACGCUCUCUCAUGUUUCAUUAUUGACAAUUUAAAGUCUAUGUUAUCUAUUGCAAAUGUAGUUCUGAAAUUCGCAGAAUACAUCAUAGGAAACUCUGAGACAUACCAGUUUUACAAAUCCAUUACUAUUUUCCUGGAGUUCCUAACUAGAAGCUAUGAAAUAAUUCGAUUGCACAUUCAUACAAUCAAUCCUGGCACCGACGAGGAAGAUUUCGUGAAACAAUUAUUUUCGUUGUGUCAAAAAAUUCAAUUCUUAAUAUCAAAUAUGCUAACGGCUCCGGAAGGUUCUGGGCAAUAUUUUCGUCAUUUAGACAUUGAGGAUGAAUUUGAUUGUUUGAAAAACGUAAUUGAUUAUUUCUGCAAAAUUGGAUCCCUAACUAUUGGACUUGAUACUAGACUAUCCACUGAGGUUUGGAAAACAGUGGUAAAACUUAUUUCCACACAUCAGAAACAAAUGGAAACCAAUGACACGCGUUGGUUGCAUGUUCAUGUUCUUAACAUAAACGAUGAAGUAGAAAAGUUUUUCAAAUCAAUGAUGGACAGCAAGGAAAUUAGCAAAAAUGUGCUCAUAAAACUAAAAUUCAAUGGUCUUCUGUUGAAAGUCCUACUUAAAGUUUUGAUGGUGGUCAAAGAUGGGUUCAAAGACUACAAUAAACUGUUGAAUACGAUAGUAGCAAUAGAAAACACGUUGUUGACGAAGACUUUAGCUGAAGAUUUGAUAGUAGCAGUUCGUCAACAUUUAACAGUUGGAUACAUGAAUCUCAUUGGAUCAGUAUUUAGUAAUGUUAAUUUUGCUGAGGCAAUCUUUUCAAUCGAUUAUCAAUCAACCGAAGAAAUACUAGCGCUUAUUAAAAUUGUUGAGUAUUUAAUCUCCAAACUAAUAGCCGAUGAUCAGAAUGGUUCUAUGGUUGAUCUUUACCUUGUAAAAACGAAUUUGCUGUCAAUGUGUGUCCGGCAUUUAUCAAAAAGCCACAUGUUGUUCAAUCAACAUAGAGACAUUUAUCGUACUUUAGUAGUUCACUUAUCAGGCUUUAUUCUAAUUUGUGCCAAACGCAAUUCUAAAACAAGACAGAAGAUACUGGAGGAAACGUUGGUGAGUAUGAUUUUACAGGAUUCAUUCUGGGUUGGCUUAGUAGGACUUGACAUUUGGAGUGUUUACCUCCGGUACCAGUCGGCAGGGCUCCUAUGGCCCUAUUUCCUGUUUUGGAAAGUAUUAAACGACCAAUUCUCGAUAUUUGUCUCCCAACCAAAAGCAAUUUUUGUAAGUCGUUUGCUUAAAAAUUUGUAUGAAUUCUUACCGAGUAGUAUGCAACUGAAGGUAUGGACACUUUAUCCUAUUACAGACAAGAGUAAUUAUAAGCUUUGGUUAACGAUCGGUCUGGAUAAAGUAGAUCCAAAGUUGGUCUCUGGUGUUAAAAAAAAUCUUACUCAACAUCUUAAAGAAUUUUGUUCGUCCAAAUUUACGCAGGUAACAUCUCAGCAGUUAUAUGAAUGUAUUUACAUUAUUCAUUUAAUCUGUGGUUUCAACGAUAGAAAUUUACUACAAAUGAUUGUGCCUGAAAUAGCAAUAUUGUGUAACACAUUACAAAUAAGUAAAACUGAAGCAGUAAAAACUAGUAGCUUAUUGUGUGCGAUGUUACUCUUAAUAGCCAAGUUUUCGGAACAUUCUUUAUGUGUUCCUAGCUCUAUAAAAACUAAUAUUCUACAGGAUGUUUGCUCAUUGAGUCUGUCUUCAAAGUUUAUGUUCCUAAGCCAAAAUCAAAAAAAUCUCGAGCUACGAAAAUUAUUUACCGAAGAUAGCAACAUUUUGAUAAAAACGAUGGCAUCCUAUCACGAACGAAGCAAUGUUGCAUUAAAUACUACUAAUAGCUCAAUAACACGAUUGUCAUAUCAAAUGGUACAAAAUGUUAUUUCACAUCGUUGCUCUCUAUAUAAGGAUACCAGUGAUAUCACGAAUCAUUUCGACAGUAGUUUCGACGAGUUUGUACUAACCUCUACCUUAAUGGAAACUGAUAAUGUAUUGCAUACGAACCCCAAGCGACCGAAAAUGGACAUUGUUGAAAAAACAGAUUGUGAUGAUGCACCCUGUACAGCAAUAAAUUCUAUUAGUACUCUAAGACAACACGUUCUAAUUCUGCAGGGUUUGCAUAGGCACGGAGGUUUAGACAAAGACCAACUUGAUGAAAUCAAGAAAGUAGGUUCUAUUUUAAGUUCAUUCGGUAAUUAAUACAGAGUGUUACUGUUAUGUUAGGAAGUACAAAAAUGCCUUCGAAACAGUUGAGAAAUGUCCAUUUAAAUGAUCGUUUGGUGUUAUUAAAUUUUUAC